AUGAAUGAACAGCCUGUUGUGCAUUUCCACAAGAGAGAUCUUUUAUUCUCCAAAGGGAUUCCAAAGGUGACGGCUAUCAUGGAUGCUGAGGGUGUCACGAGACCGAAUAUACGUGUAUCUCCUCAUCAGGACCUAGACUACGUGCUUAACCAGAUUGUAAGCUACAUUAUCAGAGACUACAUAACUCCUUGGUACAACUCUCUCACACCGGAUGAUUCAUUUCCAAUGGAACUCCAUAAGCUCCUUUUACGGGUUGUUGCGAAUGUGGUUAGAAGAGUUUCCGACGUGGAUUGGGUGCCUUUUUUUACUGAAACGCUUCCUUCUUUCAUGUCUGCCCAUGUUCGUGUCUACCGAAAUAUGCUGGACAGGAAGGCAGCCUAUCCUGACAGAGAUUAUGCGAAAUUAUUUUUUGAUGUUGAAGCUGAGACAGAGAAAAGUGUAUGUCACGAAGAAAUCUGUAAUUCUGAAGAUCGGGAAAAAGACCAUCUUCGUUUGCUAAGUGAUAUGUUUUUAUUCUUUGUUACCCCUGCUGAGGAAUAUGGUGUACCUGGUAUACGAUAUAUAACCCGGGAGUUGCUGGUUAAUUCUGUCCUAAUGCCAAUGAUCAACUUGCUAUCGGAUCCCGAUUUCGUUAACAGAACCAUAGCUUGGUUUGCAUCAGAUAGUGCCUAUACGAGUGAGUAUUUCUGCCAAGCACUACGCAUGUCUGAAAGCACUGAAGAGAUAGAUGUUGUCAUUCGUCAGCUAAAUAGUUUCAUGGAUAAACUUCGGGGUCACGACACUGGUGGUGAUGAUGAUGCUCUUAUUAAAGCGCAACUUGGAAGUCUCGAUUAUGUCAGAAAAAUAUGUUUAAUUCGUCGAAGACAAAUUCAAGAAGGUGUAGCUGAAAAACCCGGACGUGUAUUAGCUUAUCACUUACAACCGGAUGCACGAAUUUAUGAUAUGUCAUUUCAAGAAUUAAUGACUAAAAGUGUUGCAGUUGUUAGCUUUUUAGAUUUUCUGGCUUCCAUUAAUAAGCAUUCAUUACUUCGAUUAUAUUUAAAUUGUGUGAGUUUCCGUGAAGGCGUCAGUAAAUUAAUACCCAACGCAACUCUUAAUCAAAAUAUUGACCCUUCAGUGUUGGCUCUUGCUGAAGCUUCACGAAUGGAGGCUAUUACUUCUGAUAUGUCAACUAGUAUUAUAACUGAAGAUUUAUGCUUAAAUCCUACAAAUCCAAUUGACAUUAUUAAUACCGAUGAAGAAUCUCUAUCAGUCUCAGAUUCUCCUAAUUUUGAAGGCACACAAACUGAAGUUGCAUCCAGUUUGUGUGACAAUGAGAAAGAUCUAAUUGAAAAAGCAGAUUCAAUAACAACAUCUUUAGAUGAAGGUGGACAGCAAAACACAAUGGUCAUAAAUGAAAAUGUUAAGAAAAAUAUACUAGAAAAAAGUGGAGAAGAUGAGAUUGUUGAUGAUUCCAUUGAACAGUUGCGUGCAUUUGGCAUAACAAUAUGCAGUAAUUUAUUGCACUUUAUGCCUUUAUCAGCUGAACCAUUAAUCCAACGUACAUUAAAGGCACUUACUGGUGAACCGAAUUCAUUAAAUCCUAAUGCAUUCACUGAAAUUGAGGCACAUAUUGUUAACAUUCUCUCAGGUCCCGAUUGUUUUGGUGCAUUUAAACGUAGUAGUCAGUAUAUUCAUCUCUUGGCUGAGUUAGAUUUACUCAAGGAACCAUUAGAACAAUCUUCAUCGUCUAAUUUUAUAUCCGUCCCUUCCAUUUCAAAUGAUACAUUACCUCAAAGUCAAUCUCAAUCAUUAUCUCAACCUGACAAAAUGACUGUUUCAAGCGAUUCUGUAAUUCAUAAUGUUUCUUCCUUAUCUCAAAUGUCAUGUUCUGCGAAUUCUGUUGAAGAUUGUACAGAUUGGAAAUGUAUAGAAAAUGACUGUUCUAAAGAAACUAAACACUCAGGGCUGCCAAGAUUAUCGGAACCUCCUAUCAUUUCAACAACAAAUAAUACUGGAUGUGGGGUUUUUGAUGAUGCUUACACAGCUGUCAUAACUCGGGCAGAAAUAAUGCAUGAUUCUUAUGUAAUUUAUACUAUAAAAGUUACACGUACUAUACUAUCUAAUGCUCAGUCAGAAUGUUGGAAUACUUUACGUCGUUUCAGACAUUUUGUUGAACUGCACUCGUUUCUUACAAAUAGAUGUGGUCGUAUCACUGAACUCAAAUUACCAUCGAAAAUUGCAUUUAAUAACAUGAGCCCUGAAUUUUUAGCACAACGUCGACGUGGACUUAAUGUUUAUUUGAAUACAUUAUGUAGCAGUGAAUUUCAGAAUAAUCAUCCAGGUAGUCGUCCUUUGUGCGUUGAAUUUCUACAGCCUGAUAGCUGGGAAAGAGGUCAUGUUGAAGCACGUAUUGUCUCUGCAAUUUUAACACCUUUUCGUACAGUUAGCAAUGCUAUGAUGUCUGUUCCAGAUACAUUAGCUGAUGGUUUAAAUAAGAUAUUCGCAAAUAAAAAUUUUCCAACAUCUAAUUCACCUAUUCUUUCUCGUAAUGAUGAAAUGAUGAAAAAAUCCAGUGAAUUUGAAUUACAAGAAUCAUUGGAUAUGUCAUUAGAAUCAUCAAAGAGUUCUGAUUCAUAUGAUUAUAAUGUUCGAGAUGAAACACCAAUUCGAAUUUUAUUCUUAUUAGUCGAUGAAAUAUUUGAUUUACAUAGAGAAAGUCAAUUUACUAGACAAGGAAAUUUCGCUAUUUUACGCAAAAUAUUCCAAACAUUUUUUGGUAUUCGAGUCAAUAAAAUGAUCAUUGCUAAAGCUUGUGAAUGGACAAGUGCACCGAAAAUCACACAACUGAUUACUUAUUUACGUGAUUAUUUUUGGCCUCCCAAAAAUAAAUCAUUAAAUUCUACAGCUUUAACUGAACGUGACAAAGAGAUGAAAUUACGUACUCGUGUUCUUUGUAGAACUGUACUACUGGGAAGUGUUUCUGAGGAAUUUGCACAAUUUCUUGGUAAUGAAACUACUCGUCGUGGUGUAUCCUGUGUAUUUAAUAUGCUUCAAGAAGAACGUUUCAAUCGUAGAUUCGUACAUACAGUAUUAGAAGCAUUUCUUUGUCACUUAUUUCGACCAUAUCAUGCACAUUGGGAAGCUAUUUAUGAAAAAGAUUUAUGCCCAUUAAAAUGUGGACGAAUAUGUCGUUCGCAUAAAUCAUCUGUAUAG